AUGGACGGUGAUCUCAUCGCGCUUGUCAACAAGCUCCAGGACACGUUCAACGCCAUUGGUGGCGAUGCCGUCGACCUUCCCCAGAUCGUAGUCGUCGGCUCCCAGUCCUCGGGAAAGUCGUCCGUCCUUGAGACCAUCGUCGGACGAGACUUCCUUCCCCGUGGCUCGGGUAUCGUCACGCGUCGCCCGCUCGUCCUCCAGCUCAUCCACACGAACGGCCUCUCGGGUAAGAACCAGAGCUCCAACGCGCGCCCGGAACCCAGCCGUCAGCAGAGCAACCACCUCGACGAGAAUGGCUAUCUCCCCGACCUGUCUGCCGGCCAGACCGGCAGGAAGAACGACCGGUCAAUGGGCGGCGACUCUGGCAUCGACUACGCCGAGUUCCUUCACAUCAACCGUCGGUUCACCGACUUUGACGAGGUCAGGAGAGAGAUCGAGGCCGAGACCUUCCGCGUCGCUGGUCAGAACAAGGUGAGCUAUUUGUCCCUUACUGAAGCUAACGCCCAGGGUGUUUCCAAGCUUCCGAUCAACCUGAAGAUCUACGGCUCUGGCCUCCUCAACCUCACCCUUGUUGACCUCCCCGGUCUGACCAAGGUUCCGGUCGGAGACCAGCCGACUGACAUUGAGAGGCAGAUCAAGAACCUCCUCGCUCGGACUGUCGACCCCCGCGGUCUCCGCACUCUCGGUGUUCUCUCGAAGCUGGACCUUAUGGACGCUGGCACUAACGCUCUCGACGUCCUCACCGGCAGGACUUACCCGCUGAAGCUCGGCUUCAUCGGUGUUGUCAACCGUUCGCAGCAGGAUAUCAACCUCGACCUCCCUCUCGAGGACGCCCGCCGUAAGGAGGAGGAGUUCUUCCAGAACCACCCUGUCUACCGCAACAUCUCGCACCGCUGCGGUACCAAGUUCCUCGCGAAGACGCUCAACACUGUCCUCAUGAACCACAUCCGGGAAAAGCUCCCCGACAUGAAGGCCCGACUUAACACGUUGAUGGGUCAGACUCAGCAGGAGCUCAACUCGUUUGGUGACGCCACCUUCCUCGGCGAGCAGAACCGCGGUGGCCUUGUCCUCAAGCUCAUGACCGAGUUUGCCCGCGACUUUGUCUCGUCCAUCGAGGGAACGUCCAUUGACGUGUCGACGAAGGAGCUCUGCGGCGGAGCGCGCAUCUACUACAUCUUCAACGACGUGUUUGGCCACGCUCUCACCUCAAUCAACCCCACCCACAACCUCACCCUUUCCGAUGUCCGGACUGCGAUCCGCAACUCGACUGGACCCCGCCCUUCGAUGUUUGUUCCCGAGGUCGCCUUUGACCUGCUCGUCAAGCCCCAGAUCAAGCUGCUCGAGCCUCCUUCGCUUCGCUGUGUUGAGCUCGUCUACGAGGAGCUCAUGAAGAUUUGCCACAACUGCACCUCGCCUGAGCUCCAGCGCUUCCCCAAGCUCCACGCCCAGCUGAUCGAGGUUGUCUCCGAGUUGCUCCGCGAGCGCCUCGGCCCUACCUCUGAGUAUGUCUCGAGCCUGAUCCAGAUCCAGGCUGCGUACAUCAACACGAACCACCCCGACUUCCAGGCGGGCUCUGCCGCCAUCGCCCAGCAGGGUGCCCACGCCCAGCUCCAGCCCCAGAAGGCUCCUUCGCUUGACGGCUCGGCUUCCGACGACGACACCUCGUCGGAGAGCUCUGCUUCGGUCGUGAACGGCACAUCACCGCACCACGCCCCGCAUUCCUCUACGACGUCCGUUCCGGAUGCGCGCGCGCCCGCUGCCUCUAAGAUUCUGGAGUCGACGAAGAAGCACGGCCGCGGCUUCUCGUCCAGCGGUGCUCCCUCGCCUGUUCCUGCCAUGCCCCACAUGGGUGCCUCCCCCCACAACGCCAAGGAGUCGUUCCUGAACUACUUCUUCGGCGGCCCGAACGCCACGGACACCACGUCCGCCCGCGCGUUGUUGAGCGCUCGAACCCAUCGCACCACGGCUCGUCGGCGGCGAACGGCCUCUUCUGGUCUCGACCCUGGUAGUGCCACGGCGUACGACAUGAAGAGCCUGGGCAAGCACCUGGACGGCGACGACCACAUGGACCUCUCUCCGCGGGAGCAGAUGGAGACGAACCUGAUCCUGUCGCUGAUCGCGUCUUACUUCAACAUUGUGCGCCAGACGAUCGAGGACCUGAUCCCCAAGGCGAUCAUGCACCUGCUCGUCAACUUUUCGCGCGACGCGAUCCAGCAGCGCCUCGUCACGCAAUUAUACAAGCCCGACCUCUUCGAGCAGCUCCUGCACGAGGACGAGGCGCUUGUGUCGGAGCGCGGCCGCGUCAAGGCGCUCCUCGACGCGUACAAGGAGGCGUUCCGCGUCCUCUCCGAGGUCUCGCUCAAGUCGACGUAA